AACGACGUAGAAGCGGAAGCGUCAAUUUGACAAGUCGAAGACUGCAAUAAGUGUGUUUUUUUUGUUUGUUUUCUGUUUUGCUAAUAUUCGUGCGUUUAUGUUUAGUUUAAUAGUGAAAACACAUAUUUAUACAAACAUUUAAAAGUGUCUCAUGAGGUAUUUGAGAAGCACUUAGGGGCUUAGCCGGCACCUUUGACCUUACUCCUACCUGGCAAUUGAAACAUACAAAUUUUCAUCAUGGAUCAAAUGCUGCCCAGUCCUGGCUUUAGUAUCCCCAGUAUUGGAAAUGAGAUUGGUCUUACUCCACUGCAUCAACCCGAAGAAGACCAACAGAUCCACCCAAAUGCCUUACAACAACAACAACAGCAGCAGCAACAACAACAAUCGUCAAUCAGCAACCAAGUCCCAUCCUUGGCACCCAUGGGAGGACUGACUCCCACCCUCGGAUUGGGAAUGGGUAAUGCCAUGACUAUGCCCCACACCAAAUACGUUACCGGAUUCCCGAUGCCGAUGAGCAGCGUCCACGGAGGAAUGACACCGCAAACUCCACAACACACUAUGAUGUCUUCUAUGGUGAACUUGGGGGGCACCGGGAGCAGUGCCAAUACGCCAAGCAUGAGCGGUGUCGGUACCGCUGGUCCGUCCACGCCAUCUCCGAUGACCCCGAUGACGCCGCAUUCUGCUGAUCCAGGCAUUGUGCCCCAAUUACAAAACAUAGUGUCAACCGUGAACCUAAAUUGCAAACUGGACCUGAAGAAGAUCGCCCUACACGCUCGAAACGCCGAAUACAACCCGAAACGUUUCGCCGCCGUAAUAAUGCGAAUACGAGAACCGAGAACGACCGCGUUAAUUUUCAGUUCUGGUAAAAUGGUGUGCACCGGCGCGAAGAGCGAGGAGGACUCCCGACUGGCGGCCAGAAAAUACGCCCGGAUUAUCCAGAAGUUGGGCUUUCCCGCCAAAUUUUUGGACUUUAAAAUCCAGAAUAUGGUGGGCAGUUGCGACGUGAAAUUCCCGAUUCGUCUCGAGGGUUUGGUGCUGACACACAGCUCGUUCAGUUCCUACGAACCCGAACUGUUUCCCGGUUUGAUUUAUCGUAUGGUCAAGCCCAGGAUCGUUUUGUUGAUAUUCGUGUCGGGAAAAGUGGUUUUAACCGGGGCGAAAGUACGCCAGGAGAUCUACGAGGCCUUCGACAAUAUUUAUCCCAUUUUGAAAGGUUUUAAAAAGAAAAUUUAAGGUUUUAUGUAAGGUGUCUGUGUAUUCGGGAUUAACAUAGGCCCCAAUGUAGUCUUAAGACUAUUGUUUUCAGUUGACCAUAUUGGUUUUGGACUAUAGUUGAGUCCACGAUUUGGGACAAAAGUGUUGUUGUUUGAAAUUAAUAUAAACUUAAGUUCGUUUAAUUGUUUACGUUUUGUAAAUACGUGGAUGGUAGUUUUAUAAAUAAAUUGCGAUAUUUUCAC